UGUUCUGUGUCCCUCAGACACAGCAGAUCACCGAUCCACGGAAAGAGCUAAAGAUGUCGACUCGGUCAUGUGAUCAGCUGUGUCCAAUCACAGCUGAUCACUGAUCAUCAGAGCACUGAUGAUCAGUGUGCCCUGAUGAUCUGUGUAGCCCCAGCAGUGCCACCUGUCAGUGUCUAUCAGUGCAAGCUGUCAGUGCUCAUCCAUGCCACCUGCCAGUGCCCAUCAAUGCCACAUUUCAGUGCCCAUCAGUGUCACAUCAAUGCCACAUAUCAGUGCCCAUCUGAGCUGCCUUUCAGUGUCACCCAUCAGUGCCAGUCAGUGCCACCUAUCAGUGCCAGUCAGUGCUGCCUCUCAGUGCCACCUAUCAGU